AUGGUCAUGGUCAUCGAGAAAAUCUACCAAUUCUUCUCAUUGGAGACUCUUGACACUCGUCUUGCAGCUCCUCGUGAUUUGAAGAAGAAGCAGAAGAUCAUUCAGUCUGCUACUCCUUCCAGAUGGGGUACUUUGGAGUUCAAAUUCUACUUUUUGGUAUUUGCUACAGUUAUCCCUUUGAUGUUCCGUGCUGCCAUGUCAGCCAGUAAUGAAACAAACCCCAAUUACUAUAUUUACCAAGGGAUUUUGAGCGAUGGUUGGAUAGCAGGUAGAAAAGUUGACAAUUCGGAUUCUCAGUACCGCUUUUUUAGAGACAAUGCGUUUCUACUCUUUGCCUUAGUGGCUGCCCAUUGCUGUAUAAGGAGAACUGUUGGGGCCGUUUAUAAAACCAGUCGAAUCUCGUUUGAUUUGAUAUUUGGAAUCAUUUUCUUAUUCGCUAUUCACGGCUUCAGCUGUUUUAAGAUAUUGUUUCAUGUCACUGUUGAGUUCUUCCUCGGCAGAUUGUCCGGCAAGAGUCGGAAAUUGAGCAUUACUCUAAUGUGGGUGUAUGGAAUUUCCACUCUUUUUCUCAAUGAUAGGUACAGACUCGUUAAAUACGGUGACAUCCUUAGCUGCUUGUCCUUCAUGGAUUCUUUCAAGGGUAUUGUGUCCAGAUGGGAUGUUUUCUUCAAUUUCACUUUGCUAAGAAUGCUCAGUUUCAACCUGGAUUAUGUUAACAGGAAAUACGGAGAUGAAACUGGUGUAGAAAUAACCCCCCAGAAUAUUGAACGUAAGGCUAAAGUUAGCAACGAAGCAGAGUCCAUUCCUCUCUCAGACACUCACCAGGGUGAAACAUAUAUCUCAUGGACUCAAGAGGAGGAAAUUCAAGAAGCCUUGCUUAACGAUCGUAAGAGAAUGGACGCUCGUUUCCCAUUGUCUGACUACUCGUAUGCUAACUACUUCUCCUACUUGUUCUAUGCUCCUUUAUUCAUUGGUGGUCCAAUUAUCACUUUUAACGACUAUCUUUUCCAGUCUCGCCAUACGCUACCGUCAAUAAAUUUCAAACGUGUUGCACUCUACGGAGCACUACUUUUAUUCUACAUUUUGCUUAUGGAGUUUAUUCUUCAUUUCAUAUAUGUGGUAGCCGUAUCCAAGGCUCACGCUUGGCACGGAGAUACACCUUUUCAGAUUUCAAUGGUGGGCCUCUUCAAUCUCAAUAUCAUCUGGUUGAAACUUCUUAUUCCAUGGAGACUCUUUAGAUUUUGGGCCCUCUGCGAUGGCAUCGAUGCCCCAGAGAAUAUGCUUCGCUUAGUCGACAACAACUAUUCUGCCCUACAGUUCUGGAGAGCUUGGCACAGAUCCUACAAUAAAUGGAUCAUCAGGUACAUUUACAUCCCGUUGGGAGGCUCGCAUAAUAGGAUAUUGGCCUCUUUGGCCGUCUUCUCGUUUGUGGCCGUUUGGCAUGAUAUUGAAUUGAGGCUCCUAAUAUGGGGAUGGCUUAUCGUUUUCUUACUUCUACCAGAGAUCAUUGCCACAAGGCUAUUCAGUCCCUAUAAGGACAAACCUUGGUAUAGAUUUGUGUGUGGUAUUGGAGCUGUUGCCAAUAUUUGGAUGAUGAUGCUUGCCAACUUGUACGGUUUUUGUCUUGGUGAUGAUGGUCUGAAAGAGUUACUCGGUGGGAUGUUCACGACUCGUAAAGGCUUCGGCUUCUUCAUUGUUGCGUGCUUUUGCCUUAGUGUUGGAGUGCAGGUCAUGUUUGAACUCAGAGAAACAGAGAGGAGACGAGGUGUCAACGUUAAAUGUUAA